AUAAAAUGUCUGCGCCCAUGAGAAACACGUUAAAAAGAUUUUAUCAGAUUAAAGGUUGUCAAAUUCAUUGAAUUAGAUUUUUCAAGCCGCAAAAUUUCUAAAUACAGAACAAUGAAUUCUUAUGGUCAGAACAGGGGAAUGAAGAGGAAGGCAAAUGUUUUGUUGGAAAGACCAAGAGAAAUUGGCAUUAUGCAAUAUGCACAGAAUAGAGCCAAUGAGAUAGAAGCUUUAGCUGGAGAAAUAAAGAAGAACACAGGAACCAGAAAAGUUUUCCAAUCACUUCCCAUUCAUAUGAGAAGAAGGGCCAUGAGUCAUAACAUCAAACGCUUACCUAGAAGACUACAAAACAUAGCAAGGAAAGAGUAUGAUAAAAUCACAUCAAAUCCAAAACGUCCAAGUAGAAGACACAGGCGUCGACCAAAAAAUCUACUUGAGGAAUAUCAGCGUCGGCAGAGGAAGCAUAUUUGGUUAGAAACACUCAUUUGGCAUGCAAAGCGAUUCAAAAUGGAGGACAGAUGGGGUUAUAGGAUUCCUUUACAUUCAACAGAUAAAAGUAUAAAGGCAUCUUACAGAGCUACACAGAAUUAUUGUCAGAUUCAGGAUGUAUCCUAUUUGUGUUGUAUAGAAAUCAAUGGAGAAGAGAAGAAUAUCUUAGAAGGACUAGGUCAUCUCACAAAUUCAGGAACAGGUCUCACUUUUGGAGCUCGAUCUAAUAUGAAUGGAACAAGAGAAGGCCAUACAUGUAUAUACAAAUAUGACAAGUAUCCUUAUCAUACUAUUGGCUGUGUGUCAUAUCUAUGGAAACCAGAGACCAAUCAAGAUGAAUCUAAUCUAAUAAGUAGACAGUUGUGGAUUUGGUGUCAUCCAUCAUGUUACAAAGAAUUGUGGAAAGAGUUAAAAAUCUGUUUUAAACCUGAAAAUAGAGAUUCAGCCAUUUAUGAAUUAGAGCAGCAGACAUUUUCAUCAGGGGAGAUAUCUGUUAUCUCAUUGAAGGACAAGUUAAAUCGUCAUCGCCUGAUUGGACCAUCAUCAAAUCAGAUUUUGUACCAGGUUCUUAAACCUGCAAAUAUUCUAAAGAAAGAUGCAAGUGAGCAAUGGUGGCAGAAAUACUAUCAGAUUCCAUCAAAAUGUCUGGCAUACACCCAACAAGGAGAAUUUAUUGAAAGUUUGGAUAAAACACCCUCACCAGGAGAAUAUACCCCACAUUCUGUGAUAGGGAUGACUGUUGGAGACCCUAGAAUAUCUAGACCAGAGAGAAAAACUAAAGUACCAAAAAUCAAAGAUGUUGACACAGAUAAUACACUAUGCUAUGAUAAACUGGUCCCUGAUGUGUCUAUGUCAGCUUUGUGGAACUCAGACAUCAGACUGGAAGUAAAAACAACUAAAAUGUCAGACCAAAAGCUCAAUGAGUUGAAAUCAGACAUCAUGAUCCCAGGUUCAUUGCCAGAUUUAGGGAUAGAAGAGUCAAGGGUACCAGUUAUCCUUGUACAGAGACCAGGAACCAGUGGUAACUAUGGGUCAGGAUGGGAUGUGAUACUCCCACAGAAUUGGAGCAUGGCUUUCUGGUUAACAUUUAUAUACCAUGGAGCUAGAGCUGCUGGAGUGAGAGACCUAGAAAGUCUAGCAUUUGAGCAGAGUACAACAUAUUAUCCUAAUGAUUAUCCCGAUACAUCAGCUGGAUCAAUACAUGAACAGAAAUCGGCAGAAAAGUUGAAGAAUAAGUUUGAUAAAAGACCUCCAGCAAAGAGAUGUAACUAUGUUAAGCUUGGUAUAGCAGCUCCUUUCUUAUAUCCAUGGAAAGAUCUUAUAAGUAGUUGGACUGAUGGCUGUGUAGAGAAUGUAUAUGUACUGAGAGAAAGAAAAUCUUUGAAAGUUUUAAGCCAAGUGUUCAAUGCAAAUACUAAAUCAAUCAAUCAGCAAUACCUAAAUAAAACAUGUCAGAAGACCAAUAUAAAUAGUAAAAUUGAACUCACCAGUGAAUUUGAAUCAGUGUUUGAGGAACACAAAUGUUCUCUUGUACAUGUGAAGUUAACCAUGUUGCUACGAGGUGUACCAGAUGAACAUGCUAUCAUCUGUAUUCCAGUUGAUAAAGACAUUGAACUGUUACAAAAAGAUAAGACAUAUUCAGGUCCUAGGGAACCAGUUCACAAAGACGAAAAGAAAACUCCCAAAAAGAAAAAAAUGACACAAUCGUUAACAGAAACAAAAUCUGUCGACUCAGCAUUAUGCAUGAGGAAAUAUUGUAGUAGAGAAAUUAUAGGGUUUGUUAACCAUGGAGGAUUUUCUUUAGGAUCAGGAAAUGGUCGUGCACAGGGAUUUUGUACAAUAAAAGGACUUCAGUAUUUAUCACAGCAUCCUUCUCCUUUCUAUGUACUUUUCAGAAAUCCCACGUCUUACCAAUAUAGAUUUGCUUACAUAAAUAUAUUAUAAAGCUGAA